CCUCCCAACACCAACCCCCGCCAUAAGGAAAACAUACCGGUACCUAUUGUGUGAAGAGUGAAAAUGAAUACCUUAGUCUCGAGUUUCGUGAAAAAGGUCCAAUCGAAGCAUUGGGAUAAAUUGAAAAAGAGGACGCAAAAGCUAGAUCCUGUCGAACAAGAGAACCUGUUAGAAUUUCUGGAGGAUCAUCUUCCCUCGUCGAAUGGUACUGGUUCCGCAGUUGGUAUCAUCGAAAGCGAUUCAACCGCAGCAUCCACUGCCGCUGGUGUUGAUGGUGAUUUCGAAGGGGACAGUGAUUGCGACUCUUUUGUAGAGGACGACUACGAGCUGUUGCAAUGCGAUCUUGACAGGGCCAGCAUCAAACUCGAAGCACUACAAUCGAAACGCGACUUUUUGCAAACGAGACUUCAAACCUACCAGGAAAAAAUCAAAGCCGCGGAACAGCGUCUCCAUCAGAAUGCCGAGGACAAUGGGACCGAACAAGAUGGUGAUCCAGAAUGCCAUAACAAGCGUCUCAUGGCAAUGAACGAGAAAAUAGAAGGUUACAAGAAAUCUCUGAAACCAAUUGAAGACAUCUACGAGGGCAUCGAGAAGGAAUUGCUGUCGCAUCAACUGAAGAUGGAGUCGAUCCAAGAUCGACAGCUUGAGUUGAAGCUCAAAACAGAAGAAUGCCGGGUCGUUUUGCACGAACUUUCGUCCAAUGCUGGUGGUUUAGAAUCAGGAGACGUGCCCGAGGAACAACACGCCGAAACCUCCCAGCACAUCGGUUUGAUUUCGAAUGCUUGCAACGAUAACCAUUCCAGUCGCCGAUGCAAUGAUCAAGUGUUACCAAGUGAAGAGGAGAACGAUGUUGAGAAUGCAAGAGUGGAAAGAGAAGAAUGUAGCGAAAAUACUGAAAUAUCGAUAGAAGAUUCUGCCGAAGAGAGCGCUUCAGUAUCACUACUUGUCCCCAUUGGAGAGCAUUCAGGGAUAACAUAAAGUCAAAGGUAGGGAACGAGACAGUAUUGAAACUAAAUUUAGCAUAAGUAGUUAAGUGUCUCAACAUGUUUAUCUUAUUUUCGCACGAACCAUUUCUUUCGUUACUCCUUGGUGAUGUUCCGAUUAGGGCCAAGCUACUCUCUAAUUAAGCGUAGCAGAGUUUUAUAAAGAAUGAUAUUUAGU